AUCACUGAUUGGGCAGAGAGGAGAGAGCGCCGAUUGGACAAGCACACGAACGGACGCUCAUAGGCUGGAGCAGAGGAUGACGAGCGCUGGUUGGAUAACAUGGGGGGCGGGACUCAGUAGGGCACCGCGGGGAAAGAUGGCGGCGGCCGAGGAGGCCAGCGGAGACGGUGAGCAGUGGCGGCUGUGGUUACCCCAGCACGUUGUGUUCGUGCGGCUACGCGAGGGCCUGCGGGACCAGAGCCCUCCUGCGCCAGGUGCCGAGCAGCCAAACCCACCUACCCUUACUCGGAACCUUCUCUUUGGGAUCGGUGCUGAACUCUUCCUGUGGGAUGGUGCAGCCGGCGCUUUCUUGGCAGUGCGCCUGCGCGGCCCAGGUCCCGCCCCUAGCGACGGGAGCGGAGGUGGCGGGAGCAGCGUCGGAGGCGGAGGCAGCGGUGGAGGCGGAGGCGGAGGGAGCGGUGGAGGAGGGGGCGGAGGCGGAGGCGGAGGCAGCGGUGGAGGAGUAGUUGGAGGCGGAGGCGAGGGUCCCGCCCUGAGUCGCUACCAGAGAUUGCUUUGUAUAAAUCCGCCCCUGUUUGAAGUCUACCAAGUCCUGUUAAGUCCAACUCACCAUCAUGUGGCACUUAUUGGAACCAAGGGACUCACUGUCUUAGAGCUGCCUAAACGAUGGGGGAAGAAUUCUGAAUUUGAAGGUGGGAAAUCGACGGUAAAUUGUAGCACAACUCCUAUAGCUGAGAGGUUCUUCAGCAGUUCCCCCUCCUUGAGCUUGAAGCAUGCCGCCUGGUACCCAAGUGAAGUGCUCGACCCCCACGUGGUACUGCUGACGUCAGACAACGUGAUCCGAAUCUAUUGUCUGCGAGAGCCCCAGAUCCCAGUGAAGGUGAUCCCUCUGUCUGAUGCUGAGGAGGAAAGUUUGAUCCUUAACAAAGGGAGGGCAUACACGGCGUCCCUUGGGGAGACGGCCGUCGCCUUUGACUUUGGGCCUCUGGCCACAGUGCCCAAAAAUGUCUUUGGGCAGCGCAGCCAGGAGGAGGUGCUGGCUUACCCACUGUACAUCCUGUACGAGAAUGGGGAGACCUUCCUUACCUAUGUGAGUCUGAUGCAAAGCCUCGGGACCCUGGGAAAGCUCUUGGGGCCCCUGCCCAUGCACCCGGCCGCUGAGGACAACUAUGGCUACGACGCCUGUGCCAUCCUCUGCCUGCCCUGCGUGCCCAACAUCCUGGUCAUCGCCACCGAGUCGGGCAUGCUGUACCACUGCGUGGUGCUCGAGGGGGAGGAGGAGGACGAGCAGCACUCGGAGAAGUCCUGGGACUCGCGGGCCGACCUCAUCCCUUCCCUCUACGUGUUCGAGUGUGUGGAGCUUGAGCUGGCCCUGAAGCUGGCCUCCGGGGAGGAGGAAGACGACCCCUUCGAGGCUGACUUCUCCUGCCCCAUUAAGCUGCACAGAGACCCCAAAUGUCCUUCCCGGUACCACUGUACCCACGAGGCCGGCGUCCACAGCGUGGGGCUGACCUGGAUCCACAAACUCCACAAGUUCCUUGGCUCGGAUGAGGAAGAUAAAGACAGUUUGCAGGAGCUGGCGGCGGAGCAGAAGUGCUUCGUGGAGCACAUCCUCUGCACCAAGCCCCUGCCCUGCAGGCGGCCGGCGCCCAUCCGAGGCUUCUGGAUCGUGUCCGACGUGCUGGGGCCCACCAUGGUGUGCGUCACCAACACCUACGAGUGCCUCACCCGGCCUCUGCUGAGCACGGUGCACCCCACCUCCCCCCCGCUGCUGUGCGCCCGGGAGGACGUCGGCGUGGCCCAGUCUCCCCUGCGCAUUCUGGCGGAAACCCAGGACUCCUUUGAGAAACACAUCCGGAGCACCCUGCAGCGCAGCGCCGCCAACCCCGUGUUUCUCAAAUCCUCGGACAAGGACGUGGCGCCCCCUCCCGAAGAAUGCCUGCAGCUGCUCAGCCGCGCCACCCAGGUGUUCCGGGACGAGUACAUCCUGAAGCAGGACCUGGCCAAGGAGGAGAUCCAGCGCAGGGUGAAGUUGUUAUGUAGCCAGAAGAAGAAGCAGCUGGAAGACCUCAGCUACUGCCGCGAGGAGAGGAAGAGUCUCCGGGAGACGGCCGAGCGCCUGGCGGACAAGUACGAGGAGGCCAAGGAGCGCCAGGAGGACCUCAUGAACAGGAUGAAGCAGCUGCUGCGCAGCUUCCACUCGCAGCUCCCCGUGCUCUCGGACAGCGAAAGGGAGAUGAAGAAGGAGCUUCAGCUGAUCCCGGACCAGCUGCGGCACCUGGGCAACGCCAUCAAGCAGGUCACCAUGAAGAAGGACUACCAGCAGAGGAAGAUGGAGAGGGGCACGAGCCCGCAAAAGCCCACCAUCACGCUCAGCGCCUACCAGCGCAAGUGCAUCCGGACCGUGCUGAAGGAAGAGGGUGAGCACAUCCGGGAGAUGGUGAAGCAGAUUAAUGACAUCCGGAACCACGUGAACUUCUGACCCAGCGCAGCCCACCGCACUACCCUGCCCGCUGGAGUCCGUGGGAGGGUGGGGGGCUCCACCCAUUUGGUUUUGUAAUAAUAGCAAAUAAAUACUUUUUAUAAUGAAGGCA